AUGCAGACCGGAUUUUCCCCGGACCCCUACCUCACGGGAGUUGCCAUGGAGGAGAGCAUCACAGGAAUUCAAGAUGCUGGGGUUCAGGCGACAGCUAAGCACUAUAUCGGCAACGAACAGGAAACACAGCGUAAUCCUUCGUACGAUGCAAACGGCUCCAUCACAUUCCAAGCUGUCUCCGCCAACAUCGAUGAUAGAACCAUCCAUGAACUCUAUUUAUGGCCAUUCGCCAACGCCGUCCGUGCAAAGGUCGCAUCCGUUAUGUGCUCCUAUAACAGGAUCAAUGGUUCACAAGCCUGCCAGAAUUCCAAGGCACAGAAUGGUUUGCUCAAGGGCGAGCUAGGUUUCCAAGGCUAUAUCAUGUCUGACUGGGGCGGUACGCACUCAGGCCUCGCUUCUGUCGAAAGUGGCCUCGAUAUGGAUAUGCCAGGUGGUCUAGGCCCUUACGGAAUGGUAGCCGAUGGCCACUCGUAUUUCGGUGGGAACCUCACACUUGCUGUUAAUAACGGCACCCUUGACGAGGCCCGUCUGGACGACAUGGUUCUCAGAAUCCUGACCCCGUACUUUCUUUUGGGCCAGGAUCAAGACUUUCCGACUGUUGACCCUUCUUCUGCCGACCUAAAUACCUUCUCCCCGAGAAGCACCUGGCUCAGAGAUUGGAAUCUCACGGGCGAAGUCAGUCGCGACGUGAGGGGCAAUCAUGGCUCCUUGAUUAGGAAGCACGGCGCGGCCUCUACUGUCCUUUUGAAAAAUGAGAAUAGCGCUUUACCACUAAAGGCACCCAAAUCGAUUGCUAUCUUUGGAAACGAUGCCGGCGAAGACACCGAAGGUUUCUAUAAUCAAAUUGAUUUCGAAUUUGGCACGUUGUCUGUUGGCGGAGGCUCUGGAACUGGUCGCCUUACAUAUCUUGUAUCGCCUCUUGAGGCAAUCAAGGCUAGGGCGAAAGAGGACAACGCUUUGGUGCAACAAUGGCUCAACAAUACUCUUAUAAUCAACUCUAAUGUCACAGACCUUUGGAUCCCGACUGCGCCGGAGGUCUGUCUUGUUUUCUUGAAGACCUGGGCCGAAGAGGGCGCGGACCGUCAGCACCUUGAUGUUGAUUGGAAUGGAAAUGACGUUGUUGAAUCUGUCGCCAAGUAUUGCAACAAUACUAUCGUCGUCACUCACUCCUCGGGCAUCAAUACCUUGCCCUUUGCUGAUCAUCCCAAUGUGACGGCCAUUCUCGCCGCGCACUAUCCUGGCCAGGAGACUGGCAAUGCCAUCGUUGAUGUUCUUUACGGCGAUGUCAACCCGUCUGCCAAACUCCCGUACACCAUUGCAUAUAAUGGGACCGACUAUAAUGCGCCUCCUACUACGGCAAUCAACACUACCGGAUCGUGGGAUUGGCAGUCCUGGUUUGACGAGAAGCUAGAAAUUGACUAUCGCUAUUUUGAUGCGCACAACAUUUCCGUCCGCUACGAAUUCGGCUUCGGUCUGUCAUACACCACUUUCGGACUUGGCGACGAUCUCGCAGUCGAGGUUCUAAAUCAGAGCGCCACAAUUACUUCUGCUCCUGAAGACUUGCCCAUCCAGCCUGGAGGCAAUCCUGCGCUCUGGGAAUCGCUCUAUAAUGUGUCGGUUUCCGUCUCCAACACUGGUCGUGUCGCUGGCGCUGCAGUCCCACAGCUGUAUGUGACGUUCCCAGACAGCACGCCGGUUGGUACACCACCAAAGCAGCUCCGCGGAUUCGAGAAGAUCUACUUGGAGCCUUGCCAAAGCAAAAAGGUUGGAUUCGAGCUCAUGAGGAGAGAUCUCAGUUACUGGGAUGUUGUCUCCCAACAAUGGCUCAUUCCCGAAGGCGAAUUUACCUUGAGCGUGGGUUUUAGUAGCAGGGACAUCAAGGCAGUGACGAAAAUUAGCCCUUAUACGGCAUGA